UUCUGCAGAGUGGCAGCAGUAUUUCAGCCUGUCCACGGCGCCCCCACCCUGCUGCUGACUGAGUCUGCUUCAUCCACCUUGGACUAACACACCUUCUCUUUGGUUUACCUCCACCUGUGAUCAGAGGAUUCCCCUGCGCUGCGACGGUAGAGGACAGGCGUUAGAAGCCGGUGAGGUGGCCCUCAGGAUGUCACAGGCAGUACAAGUGACGCAGAAGAAGCAGACUCACCAGACUCACCAGACUCACCAGGAGGUGCAGCGGGUGCAACAGGUGAAGCAGGUGCAGCGGGUGCAGCAGGUGCAGCAGGUGCAGCAGGUGCAGCGGGUGCAGCAGCAGCAGCAGCAUCACUAUGAGAGCAGCUACCACCUGAGCAGCAAGUCCUCUGUUCAGCAGCAGUCCUUCCUGUCCCACAAGACCAGCAGCCAUCGCCUGAAGGCUGUUGUGAAGACAGAGAAGGGCCAGGAGGUCGUUGAGCUGAGCCCACUGCCGAAGAGAGCCAAGCGUACCUACCUGGCGAUGGACACGGACAAGGAAGUCAUCGGCUACGUGAUCCCGGUAUUCAGAGCCGAUCACGAUGUGGUUCGGGGUUUGAUGGAGGCCCGUGAGGACGAUGUGACAGAGGAGGGGAUCAGUUAUGUGGCCAUGAGGAAUCUGUUUGUGAGGGAGGCCCGGGAAGCUAUGGAGGUCAAGGUGGAGAAGAAAACUAGAACCACACAUAUCAGGGAGUCUGCCGAACGAGUGGAGCUGGGAAAGACGAUGGAGGAAUGGUCUGAGUUUCGUAAGAAGAUGAACCCGGACAGCCUGACACACCGCCCCGAGUUCAUCGUCAAGCCUCGCGGACAGACCAUCUGGGAGGGCAACACUGUGAAGCUGCACUGCACCGUGGCAGGAUGGCCCAAACCCCGGAUCGCCUGGUACAAAAACAACGUCCUGAUCGAUGCCAAGGCCCACCCCGAAAAGUACACCACUGAGAGCAACUACAACAUGCACUCCCUGGAAAUCAAGAACUGUGACUUCCUGGACACGGCGCAGUACUGUGCCUCGGCCCUCAACAUUAAAGGAGAAGUUUCAUCUGUGGCCACCAUCGUAGUGAAAAGGUUCCAGGAAUGUGAAGAACCAGGUCCACUGGAACCAAAACCACACGGAUACUCGCCUGAACAUGGAGUCACCUUCCAAACAACCAUCAUCGACAAAUUUGAGGUGGCUUUUGGCCAUGAGGGGGAGACACUGAGUCUGGGCUGCACAGUCAUUGUUUAUCCCACAGUGAAGAAGUACCAGCCCGAGGUGGUGUGGUACAGAAACUCUGUGCCCUUGAAGCCCUCCAAAUGGGUGCACACCCACUGGUCUGGGGAGCGUGCCACGCUCACCCUGACCCACCUCAACAAGGAGGACGAGGGCAUGUACACGCUGCGCGUCAACACCAAGUCUGGAUUCGACUCCUACUCUGCCUACGUGUUUGUUAAAGAUGCUGAUGUGGAGGUGGAAGGGGCCCCCGUGGCCCCCCUGGAUGUGCGCUGCCAUGAUGCCAACAAGGACUAUGUGGUGGUGACCUGGAAGCAGCCGGCGGUGGAGGGCAGCAGCCCCAUCCUGGGCUACUACAUCGACAAGUGCGAGGUGGGCACCCACCACUGGGCUCAGUGCAACGAAAACCCUGUCAAGUACGCCCGCUUCCCCGUCACGGGCCUGGUGGAGGGCCGCUCCUACAUCUUCAGGGUUCGGGCGUUCAACCAGGAGGGCGUCAGCCGCCCGUCCCGUGUGUCCGAGCCGGUGAUAGCCAUGGACCCCUCCGACAGAGCCAGCCUCAAAGCUGGACCGUCAGCACCGUUCACCGGGAUGAUCAAGUUCACAGAGGAGGAUCCCACCGUGGGCGUCAUCCCUGGAGAGCCCACCGAUGUCGUGGUCACUGAAGCCACCAAGAGCUACGUGGUGCUGGCCUGGAAGCCCCCUGUGCAGAGGGGCCACGAAGGAGUCAUGUACUAUAUUGAGAAGAGCGUUUCAGGGUCGGACAUCUGGCAGAGGGUGAACACCGGCAUGCCCGUCAAGUCUCCGCGCUUCGCCCUGUUCGACCUGGCCGAGGGGAAAUCCUACAGCUUCCGUGUGCGCUGCAGCAACUCUGCCGGCGUGGGCGAGCCGUCAGCGUCCACAGGGGACGUCACAGUGGGAGACAUACUGGACCUUCCCUCGGCUCCCGGCACUCCAGUCGCUGCCAGGAACACCGACACCUCUGUGGUGGUCUUCUGGUCUGCCUCCAAGGAUGUCAGCCACUUGGUGGGCUACUACAUUGAAUGUAGUGAAGUGGGAACGGACAUAUGGAUGCCCUGCAACAACAAACCCAUCAAGCAGACCAGGUUUGUGUGCCAUGGUCUGAUCACCGGCGUGAACUACGUGUUCCGGGUGAAGGCGGUGAACGCUGCAGGAUACAGCCUCAGCUCCUCCCAGUCGGAUGCCGUCAUCGUGCAGGCCGCCAUCUCCGUGCCUGGUAAGUCCAGUGACGUGACCAUGCUGGAGGCUGUCAAGGACUACAUGAUACUGAGCUGGAACCCACCAGCUCAUGAUGGAGGGGCCGACAUCAGGGGCUACUUUGUGGACUACAGGACUGUGAAGGGGGGCGUUGCUGGGAAGUGGCAUGAGAUGAACCACAAAGCACUCACCACAACCACAUUUAAAGCGGAGGACCUGAAGGAAAAUGUUUUCUACCAGUUCCAAGUGCGUGCAAUGAACAUGGCAGGUGUGAGUGAAGCAUCUCUGCCCAGCGGACGUCUGGAGUGCAAAGAGUGGACCAUUACUGUCCCAGGUCCUCCUGUUGGACUCCACGUAUUGGAGGUUCGUGAUACCUCUGCCGUCAUCCUGUGGGAGCCGCCUGUGUUUGACGGACGCACCCCCGUCAAUGGCUACUACUUGGAUCUAAAGUUCGAGUCCGCGGGAGAGGAGGGCUGGAAGGCUGCACACGAGAAGGUCAACCAGGUGAAAUACAUGAAGGUGACCGGGCUGGAGGCCGGUGCUUCCUACGUGUUCCGUGUCCGUGCUCAGAAUCUGGCUGGAGUUGGAAACCCCUCAGUCCCCAUAGGUCCAAUCCUGGCUCAGUCUCGCCCUGGCACCAAAGAGAUUUACGUGGACGUGGAUGAUGAUGGUGUCAUUUCAAUGGUCUUUGAGUGUGCUGACUUGAAAGCGGGCUCUGAGUUUGUUUGGUCCAAGAACUACCAGGCCAUGGCAGACACCUCUCGCAUUACUAUCGUUACUGAAAAGGGCAAGUCCAGAGCAAUCUUCAACAGUCCCUCCCUGGAGGAUCUGGGCACCUACUCCUGCGUGGUCACCAACACUGACGGCAUCUCCUCUAGCUACACCCUCACCGAGGAGGGUCUGAAGCGUCUUCUCGACAUCAGCUAUGACCACAAGUUCCCUGUUAUUCCCUUCAAGAACGAAAUGGCCAUGGAGCUGCUGGAGAAAGGCCGUGUCCGAUUCUGGACUCAGGUGGAGAAAUGCACCGCUGACUGCCAAGUGGAGUACGUCUUCAACGAUGUCAUCAUUACGCAGGGAAAGAAAUACACAAUGAACUUCGACAAAUCCACAGGCAUCAUUGAAAUGUUCAUGGACUCCCUGGAAGUCACCGACGAGGGAACCUUCACCUUCAACCUGGUGGAUGGAAAAGCUAAGGGUGCAACCAGCCUGGUGCUGAUCGGAGAUGAAUUUAGGGAGCUUCAAAAGAAAUCCGAGUUUGAAAGGGCAGAAUGGGUCAGGAAGCAAGGCCCUCACUUUGUUGAGUACCUGGACUUCACCGUUACUCCAGAGUGUGAUGUGCUGUUGAAGUGCAAGAUCGGAAAUGUGAAAGCAGAGACUGAGAUCACCUGGUCCAAGGACUGCAUCGAGAUCGCAGAUGACGAUGAGGAUGCCAAGAAAAUUGAGAAGAAAGACGGCGAUCUGACCUUUAAUAUCGGAAAGAUCUCCAAGCACGACGCAGGUGUGUAUGAGGUCUUCCUGAAGGACGACAGAGGCAAAGAUAGCAGCAUCUUCAAACUGACGGACGCUGGAUACCAAGCUGUGAUGAAUGAGCUCUUCAGGGUUAUCGCCAACUCUGCCAGUGAUAUACAGGUGAUCAGUACUGAACAUGGGAUCAUCCUCCAAUCUGUGGUCACGUAUCACCAUGAGGACCUUCGUGUCGGCUGGCUGCACAAAGAUGCGAAGAUCUCUGCUUCAGAGAGAGUGAAGGCUGGAGUCACUGGAGAGCAGCUCUGGCUGAAGAUCAAUGAGCCCACAGAGAAGGACAAGGGCAAGUACGCCAUGGACAUCUUUGAUGGCAAGGACGGCGUCAAGAGAGUCUUUGAGCUGAGCGGCAAGGCGUGGGAGGAAGCCUUUGAAGAAUUCCAGAAGCUCAAAGCUGCUGCCAUCGCAGAGAGAAACCGAGCUCGAGUUAUUGGAGGUCUGCCAGAUGUGGUGGCAAUCCAGGAGGGCAAGUCUCUGAACUUGACAGGCAACGUUUGGGGCGAGCCUGUGCCUGAGGUGUCCUGGACGAAGAACGAGAAGCAGCUGCUGUCCGACGACCACUACAGCCUCAAGUUUGAGCAUGGCAAGUUCGCCAGCAUCACCAUCGCCGCCGUCACCACGACCGACUCCGGAAAGUACGCGCUGGUGGUCAAGAACAAAUACGGCACGGAGGCCGGCGAGUUCACCGUCAGUGUGUACAACCCAGAAGACGAUGAGCAUAAGGAGGAGAAGAAGGACUAACGGGGUGAUGGAGAAGACGCUGUCUUCUGAAGUGAUUCACCCCAGCAUGAAACAGUGCCGUUCAAUAAACCAUCAA